AGAGUGAGAGAAUACACUGUACACAUAAUCUUCUCUCUGUUUCUCUCUGAUUCUGAAAGCAGAGCGAGCUUUUUCUUCUUCUUCUUCUUCACGAGUUUCCUCGGAUCUUGAAUCCGAGAAAAAGACAUCGCAAAAGAGUUUUACUUCCACUUUUGGUAUGAAACUCCCAAAGCUGCCACAACUCUGUGGGGGGCGAUUGAAAGAAUUAAGAGAGGAAGAUGAACAACUCGGUCUCGGAUCACAGCUUUUACAUUGAGAGUGAUGAAGAAGAGGACGCCCAGAAGGAAUUCGACAAAGGCGAAGGCAACAACAACGAUGGCAAUGUUUCGGAUUACUCCGAUUCUUCGGCCGACGACAACCCGCAGCAGAACAAACCCAGUUCUUACAACACCUCUUGGCCUCAAAGUUACAGGCAGUCUAUUGAUUUAUAUAGUAGUGUACCAUCUCCAAGCAUUGGGUUUCUGGGCACGCCUACACUGUCAAGAUUUGGCAGUUCAUUUCUUUCCUCGUCACUCACAAGAAGACACACUCCAGAAACAUUACCAACUGUGACAAAACCGUUGUUAGAUGAGCAACAGCAGCAACAGAGACGUAGUUCGCAUUCUCUGCUUCCUCCUAUUCCAUCAAGAAGAUCUUCUAUAAAGAAGGGUGAGAAACCAUCAAAGGUUUCACAUGAACUCCCAAACUCUCACCAAUGCUCAUAUGGACAAUCUUUGCUAAAUGGUAUAAAUGUUCUCUGUGGAGUUGGAAUCCUUUCAACUCCUUAUGCUGUCAAAGAAGGAGGAUGGGCUGGGCUCUCCAUUUUGUUUGUAUUUGCAGUGCUUUCUUUCUAUACGGGAAUCCUCCUGCGCUACUGCUUGGAUAGCGAACCUGGGCUUGAGACAUAUCCAGACAUUGGCCAAGCUGCAUUUGGUAAAGCUGGCCGAAUUGCCGUCUCGGUAAUAUUAUACGCGGAACUAUAUGCUUGUUGCAUUGAAUAUAUAAUUUUGGAGAGCGACAACUUGUCUUCACUAUUUCCAAAUGCGCACCUAAGUUUGGGUUCAUUCAACUUAAAUUCACACAUUCUGUUCGCAUUGAUGACAACCGUUGCUGUUCUUCCUACUGUUUGGCUUAGAGACCUCAGUGUUCUUAGUUAUAUAUCCGCUGGUGGAGUCAUUGCAUCAGUCCUGGUAGUCCUAUGCUUAUUUUGGGCUGGUCUGGUCGAUGAAGUCGGCUUCCAAAGCAAAGAGACAACACUGAACCUUGCAACUCUUCCGGUUGCUAUUGGUCUCUAUGGUUACUGCUACUCAGGACAUGCAGUUUUCCCGAAUAUCUAUACUUCAAUGGCAAGACCAAGCCAAUACCCUGCAGUCCUCUUAACAUGUUUUGGUGUUUGUACUUUGAUGUUUACUGGGGUUGCUGUUAUGGGGUACAAAAUGUUUGGAGAAUCAACACUGUCGCAGUUCACUCUUAACAUGCCCCAGGAUUUGGUUGCCACCAAGAUAGCAGUGUGGACUACGGUAGUUAACCCUUUAACCAAAUAUGCAUUAACCAUGUCUCCAGUUGCGAUGAGUUUGGAGGAGUUUAUACCAGCAAACCACAGCAAGUCUUUUAUAUAUUGUGUCUUCAUUAGAACAGCACUGGUGGUGUCUACCUUGAUUGUGGGUCUCGCCAUCCCCUUCUUCGGUCUGGUAAUGUCAUUGAUUGGAUCUUUGCUCACAAUGCUUGUAACCUUGAUACUUCCUUGUGCUUGUUUCCUGAGCAUUUUGAGGGGGAAAAUUACCCGUUUUCAGGCAGCACUUUGCAGUAUAAUUAUUACUGUAGGUGUCAUAUCAUCUGCCUUUGGAACAUAUUCGGCCCUCGCGAAAAUUGUUGAGAAUUUGAGUCAUUGAAGUUUAUGGGACAUCUCAAAUGUUGGAGACAGUUUGAUUACGUACUCUAGAUUUAUAUGAUCUCAUCCAUGCUCCAUUUCCAAUUUUGGGUUCUGUAUCACUCUAUAGCUUCCCUUUGGUGUUCCUAUAUUUUUCAAUGAUUUUUUUUGUAUUGCUACUGAAAAAUAAAUUGAGCAUAAUUAUGUUA